AUGUCUGAAAUUGGUUUCUUCAUGCAACCUUUUCUUGAACAACACGGUGGCACCGUCAGGGAAACGAUGACAAACUUGAUACCAGGAGCAGCAAGCAAGUUGCAACACAAUUUCUUCAUGGCGUAUUGCAUCUUAGUGUUCGCGUGGAUGAAGAACAGAAACUUGCCUCAGUACUUUAGGUUUCAUAUGAUUAUGGGAGUGCUUCUUGAUUCGGCGAUGCAGAUCAUUUGGCACACGAGUGAACUAUUCCCGUUGAUAAACUGUAAUGGAAGGUUAGCUAUGUAUCAUCAUAUGGUGGUGGGGAUUAAUUACAUGUGUGUGCUUCUUGAAUGCUUACGGUGCGCAAUGGCUGGACGGUAUCCUCAGAUUCCUAUUGUUAGUGACACUGCUUAUAUUCAGAGCCUUUGA